GUAAUGGCUCGUGGACGUAUCCACACCGACAGCAAGGUAUCCCAUUUGGCACAUUGACAAUUGUGCAAAGCCAAAAAGGGGUUGUGCGACCGUUGCGGAAGCAGACAUGGCGGCCAUGGACACCACUUCCGGGCGUCGCCCGUCCCGGGCCAGCAGCAUCAAGGGCAGGCGAGGGAGCGGCGUCGAGCGACUGGAGACGCACGUUGUCUCGUGGCACACGUCGACGGAGAAGCAUGAGGCUAAUCCCGCAGCGCGAGAUGAAGACUUGAAGCGUCUGUUGGCCAAAUACACUGAGCAGUUCACCGUUUCAGCAGACAAGCUUAAGGAGAUCGUCAAUAACUUCGUUGAAGUACUCAAGAAUGGGCUGGAGAAGGAUGGCCAGACAGUGCCCAUGCUGCCAGCUUACGUCUUUGGCUGGCCAUCGGGAGAAGAAGUGGGAUCGUAUCUCGCCCUCGAUCUCGGAGGCACAAAUCUUCGUGUUUGCCAUGUAGCACUGAAAGGUCAAGGGAAGUUCGAAGUCACACAAACCAAGUUCAGGCUGACCGAUGAGCAAAAGCAAGAGGAGGGUCAGAAGCUUUUCGAAUUCUGCGCCAAGUGCCUUGAUACCUUCAUUUGCGACCACUUCAGCAGCGAGGGCUCAGAGGGGCCUCUCCUAGAGGAGGACAUCCCGCUUGGGUUCACCUUCAGCUACCCAAUGGAGCAAGAUCGCAUCGACCAUGGCGUUCUUGUGCGCUGGACAAAGGGCUUCGGCAGCCCCAAUACCGAGGGUAGAGAUUGUGCAGAGAUGUUCCGCAAAGCGCUUGAGAGCCAGAAAGUCCCAAUUCACAUGACCUCCAUCAUCAACGACACCACCGGCACUCUGAUUGCUUCCAAUUAUGUCAAUGAUGACACGCGCAUCGCAUGUAUCUUUGGCACUGGGUGCAAUGCGGCAUACAUGGAGAAGAUCAAGAACAUCCCCAAGAUCAAGCACAAGGAGCUACCAGAGGACGAAGAGAUGGCGAUCAACUGCGAAUACGGCGCAUUCGACUCGUUCGACUCCAAAUACCUUCCACGAACCAAGUACGACUUGCAUAUCGACUUAACUUCCAACAAGCCCAAAGAGCAGGUGUACGAGAAGAUGAUCGCCGGUCUCUACCUUGGCGAGCUGUUCCGCCUGUGCCUUGUCGAGAUGGCCGACGAUGGCGACCUCUUCCUGGGCCAGAACACCUACAAGAUCGAGAAGCCAUACGUCUUCGACACAGCCUUCCUCUCGCUCAUGGAGUCGGAUCCGACAGACGAGCUGCUGACCAUCACCGGCCUCUUCACGCACUUCUUUAGCCUCGAGACGACGAUCCCCGAGCGCAAGUUCUUCCGCGAGCUGGCUAAACUGAUCGGCACGCGCGCCGCCCGCCUGUCCUCGUGCGGCAUCGCCGCGUUGGUCACAAAGAUGGGCCUCACAGAGCAAGGGUGCGGCGUCGGCGCUGACGGCAGCUUGUACAGCAAGUACCCCAAGUUCCCCGAGCGCCUGCAGCAAGCACUCGUCGACAUCUUUGGCGAAAACGGCAAGAAGAUCCAGGUGCGCCAGGCAGAGGACGGCAGCGGCGUCGGCUCGGCGAUCAUCGCGGCCAUGACCAAGGCGAGAAAGUAUGAGGGCAAGUAUGCACACGUCUGAUCGCAGUCUCUGUACAUGCAGUCCAUCUCGCUCGUCGAAAUGCCAUACGCACGUUAGCAAGCUUGCCUUUGCUGUUCAGCAUGUCUAUCACCUGCUACAUGUCGGGCGUGUUAUCCAACCUUGAAGUUAGUCAGGCUGGCCUCAAGCUGUACGAACGCGACUUCAUUCGCAUCCGUUGUUAGCUGCUACUAUCGACCGUAGUUUUCAGGCUGGAUAGCCAGGACGAAAUGGGGGGAGGCCG